AUGGAAUACAGCAACACAACCUAUGUGACAGAAUUCAUCCUUUUGGCUUUCUCCGAGUUUCACCAGUAUCAGAUUUUACUUUUUACUAUUAUCUUAUUUACAUACAUUGUUUGUAUUGCUGGAAAUAUGACUAUCAUUGUGCUGGUCAUAGUGAACCAGUCUCUCCAUGUGCCCAUGUAUUAUUUUAUUAGCGUAUUUUCAGCUGAAGAAAUGUUGCUUGUAACUGUUGUAUUUCCAAAGAUGUUAUCCAACCUGAUGGCAGAUGAUCAGAAAAUAUCUUUUGCAGGUUGUUUUGUACAGGUAUAUUCAUAUCUUACUUUGGCACAAGUGGAAAGUGUUUGCAUCAUGAUAAUGGCCUACGAUAGGCACUUGGCCAUUAACAAGCCAUUGCAUUAUAUAAUUAUUAUGAGUCGGACCCUCUGCAUAGGACUGACAAUUUUUUCAUGGAUUUUUAGCUUAUUUAGCUCUUUAAUUGUGACACUGUUUUCAAUGUUUUUGGAUUUUUGUGGCCAUAAUGAAAUCAACAAUUUCUUCUGUGAUGUAGGACCAUUGCAGAGUCUGGCAUGUUCAGAUAGAUACCUGCACAUCGCCAGUACAGUGACAACCGCAGCUGCCGCCAUAGCAUCUGUUGUCCCAUUCAUGAUAACUUUUGGGCUCUAUACCAGAAUCAUUAUGACUGUUUCCAAGAUAAGGAGUUCUUCUGGUAAACAAAAAGCGUUCUCCACAUGUUCAUCUCAUCUUAUAGUAGCCAUGUUACUUUAUAUCUCAGCCUUUGUUAUCUAUCUUAGACCUUAUGACAGACAACGUGAUAAAUAUUAUUCUCUUAUUUACUUUCUCAUUAAUCCAGUGGUCAACCCUUUUAUAUAUGCCUUACGGAAUAGGGAUGUGAAAAAUGUUCUAAAAAAUAUCUUGAAUUCCAAUGCAAAAUAA